AACCCUGGGCCUGAAGUAACAGUGGAUGAGCAACUGGUUCCAUUCAGAGUUCGCUGUCCUUUCCGACAGUAUAUGCCCAGCAAGCCGGCAAAGUAUGGCAUCAAGAUAUGGGUGGCCUGUGACGCACAAUCCAGCUACGCUUGGAAGAUACAAGUCUACACAGGGAAGCCGACCAGUGGAGGCCCGGAGAAGAAGCAGGGGAUGCGAGUUGUGCUUGAUGUGACAGAUGGACUGAUGGGGCACAAUGUUAAGUGUGACAAUUUCUUCACCUCUUAUGAACUCAGCCAGCAGCUCCUGAAGAGGAAGAUCACCAUGGUUGGCACAGUUAGAAAGAACAAGUGGGAG